AUGAGCCUCUAAGUGCAAACCCCUGAAUUAAUUUCUUAUCUUAAUAAUCAAUCAAGCAUCUUGAAUUACAGAUAAAAUGAAUUAGUGAAAACUGAACAUGUAACAUUUUUACCCACUGGGGAAGUUCUUAUCGGGUCAUCCAAUAACCCUUAAAAAUAAUUGACAUUGAGAUCAUCACCAAUAUUUGGGAAAUUAGGAAUUGCCUCCAUCCACGACGAUUUGAGACUUUAAAAUGAAUUAUUGAAACAUUAAUAGGAAGUGAUUCAUAUUUGCGAAGAUUCAAAGCUACUAGGAUCGGGAUUCUAUGUCAAGGGACACACAAAUGGAAGAAUAUUCAACUAAUUGAACAUUCAAAGUUUGGCUAUCAAUGAGAGAAGACUUAUUUUCAAGGAAAUCGUCAGCUUCUUAUGUCGUGUCCACAAUUUGAGCCAGAAUCAAAGUGUUUUCAAUUAUUAGGCAAUAAUUGAAAGUUCAAGAAUCUAAUACAAAACCCAUGAAACAAGAAUUUAAACAAAUAUUGAAGAUUUGCUAUAUUGGUUGCCAAUGAAUGUCCCAGAAUUGACCAUCUAGGAAUCUCUCUGUUUAGGCAAUGUCGAACUAAAUAAUUUUAUUUUCGAUUAAUAAGAAAUUAAACUCAUAAAUGUAUAACAAUGGAAUUCUGUUACAAUCGGAAACCCCUUUUUGGAGUUGGCUAGAUUCCUAUCUAAUUAUGACAUCCCAUAUGAGAAAAAUGUGACCAACUAUGGAUUACAAAAGAUUGAUCAUCUCUUGGGAUUACCAAGCAAAUAAGAACUCAUUAAUCAAUAUUGCAUUGACAGGAAAUUAGACACAAUCAAAUAUCUCAAUUACAAUACAAUCAUCGUCUUGUUGCAAAAAGCCAUCUUCAAAUAACAAUGUAUCAAAACCAAGGUCGAUCCUGAGAGAAGCAAUGUCUUCUAAUAGGAAUUAGAAAUCAUCUCUAGAUCUGCUUGGAAUAUCGUAUUGGAAUUAACAAAUGAUGAUCCAUUCUAAAUUAAAUUGAGAGCUGAAACCGAUUAAUUAUUAUGGGCUAAGUAUCCAGUCAGUCAAAGAUGCAAGAGCUACUAUUAUAGAGUGAGGGAUUUCUUAAGAGACGAAGUGUUCCCAAUGGAAUAAUCGCAAUUUGAUAUUGUCUACUCUUUUAACAAGGACAAUCAUUGGAAGGGAUUGCCAGGCAUUGAGCAUUUGUAAAGAAGAGCUAAAUCUAUGGGAUUAUGGAAUCUAUUCAUUGGAGACCCAGUCUAUGGAAAGGGAUUAAAUAAUUUGGAGUACACAUUCUUAUCAGAAUUGAUGGGAACUUCAUUCUUUGGCCAUGAAAUCUUUAAUUGCUAUGCCCCAGAAACUGGAAACAUCAAAUUGUUGAUUAUGGCUGCCACUGAUUAUCAAAAAGAAAAGUAUCUCAAACCACUCUUGGAAGGAGAAUGCAAAACAUUCUUUGCUAUGUCUGAAAGAAAUGUGGCUUCAUCUGAUCCAACCAACUUUGAGACUAUUAUCACAAAACAAGGAGAUGGAUAUGUUAUCAAAGGUAGUAAAUGGAUGGUCUCAGGAAUUCAAGAUGAAAGAUGCAAGUUUGGAAUUGUCAUGGGCAAAACAACAGUCAACCCUAAAUCACCUUUCACAGAAUAAACUAUGUUCUUAGUUGAUACUCCUCAUCCAAACAUUAAACUCAAGCAUCCCUUAGCUGUUUUUGGUUAUGAUGAAGCACCUCAUGGACUUAUUGAGGUUGAAUUCGAUAAUGUUUAUGUUCCCAAAGAAAACAUGUUAGGUAAAGAAGGAACUGCCUUUGCUAUGUCACAAGGAAGACUCUUGGGAGGUAGAUUACAUCACAGUGUCAGAUUGUUAGGAUUAGUGCGCAGAGCUAUGGAUGUGCUAUUGGAAAGAGGAUAGAGAAGAGUUCACAGAGGUAAAAAAUAAAAAGAGGACUCAGCAUUCUAAGAGAAAAUUGGAAGAAUGGAAUGCGAUUACUAAAUUUGUAAGACUAUGAUUCUUAAUGCUGCCAUGGUAUUAGAUUCUUUAGGUGGAAGACACAUGCAAUCACUUAAAACUGUCAGUGAAACCAAAGCAUUUGUACCAUAUAAAUGUUAAUGCAUUGCUGAUGAAUGCAUUCAAUUAUUUGGAGCUCAAGCCAUCACUACAGAUUAUAUAUUGUAAAUUGCUUUUUAGGCAUGCAGAGGACUUCGAUUGAUGGAUGGUCCUUGUGAAUUGCACAAGAAGCAAGUCGCCAGAUUCACUUAAGGAAGUCAUAUGUUCAAUGAGUUGCUUAAUGCAGAUGGAUACAUUGGCAAUAUUUGACUCGAAUUGAACGAUUUAAGUACAUAACAAAUAUUAUAAAAUAAUUUUGAUCUUAAUGGU